GGGCAGGAGCCGAGAGUCCGGGUCACCCCGGCCGGCUGGAGCCGUACAGCCCUGGCAGGAGCAGCUCGCCGCCCGCCCCGGCCAUGGGUAGCAACAGCUGGAGGAGCCGGCCUGGGCCCAGUGCGGGGCAGCGAGGUGCAAGGCCCGGCAAUGGCACUAAAUGAGCCCUGUAUCAAAGAUUCCUUCCUUUAAAUGAGAGGACCAAACAGGACGGUGUGAUGAACAUGCCACUGCAUCAGAUCUCUGUCAUUCCAGCUCGGGAUGUCACCUCUUCCAGAAUCUCUAGGAGCAAGACCAAAGAAAAAGAGAGAGAGGAACAGAAUGAGAAGGCUUUGGGGCAUUCCGUGAGCCGUUCCAGUAACAUCUCAAAGGCUGGCAGUCCAACGUCCGUUUCUGCUCCUCAUAGCUUCUCUCGGACUUCUGUUACACCAUCCAAUCAGGACAUCUGCAGUUCCAGUGCAGUGUUUUCUGAAUGUUGUCAUCACAGUCCAGUGCAGUCUGCUGUUGUCUUGAAAAAUCCUCACUGCCAGAAUUCUCUGACACAAGGGGUCACAGUGACAGUAAUCUGUCAGGACACAUUACAGGCAUCAAAAAGAAACUCACAUGGGCAGGAUUGGGUCCAUGCGCUCGAGUCUGCUAAAAAUGCAAAAGCCACCUGUGCUCUUAAAUUCUCCAAGUCCCUCAACGACAUGGACCAGAAGGCACAGAGCACCACAGAGGGCUCUAACUAUGGGGAGCGAACGUGCUCUGAAGGCAAACUGACCCCAACACAGGAGCAGUGUUUAAGGAUUAACAGAUUUAAUCAGAAAGAGAAGAAAUUGCUCAAUCUCAGGCCUUUUUUUAGCAAUUCUAAACACUCUUACAUGCCGUCUCUUUGCACCACCUACUCGAGCGCUUCGGGAGCAACCGAGAACCACCACGCGGUGCAUAUACCUCUCCUGGAUGACAAGGUGGACAAUGAGACAUCAUCAAGAAGCAAAAAGCUGCUGCGCUACCUCUUCUCCUUCUCCCACAGCUCGAGUGCCAGCAGCCUGCAUAAGUUCCAUGAACUAGAGAGCUAUCCAAGCCACUUCCAAACUGCAAAAUCCUCCAGUGUGCUGGUGGAAAGCACAGGCUUCUGCUCUGAUGACAUGGGGGAUGACGACGUAUUUGAGGACAGUGCCUCCAUGAGGUUGAAAGCAAAAGAGCUGCGGGCACCACUCUGUUCAGUUGAGAAAGACAGUGACCUAGACUGCCCUUCUCCCCUGUCAGAAAAAUUCCCCCCUCUUUCCCCUGUUUCCACGUCGGGGGAUGCCUGCAGGAUAUGUCACUGUGAAGGAGACGAGGAGAGCCCCUUGAUUACCCCCUGUCACUGCACAGGAAGUCUUCAUUUUGUGCACCAAGCCUGCCUGCAACAGUGGAUCAAGAGCUCAGACACCCGAUGUUGUGAACUCUGCAAGUAUGAGUUCAUCAUGGAGACCAAAUUAAAACCUCUACGAAAGUGGGAGAAGUUGCAGAUGACGGCCAGUGAGAGGAGGAAGAUCAUGUGCUCUGUAACAUUCCAUAUCAUUGCCAUCACCUGCGUCGUGUGGUCUCUGUAUGUCCUUAUAGACAGGACUGCUGAAGAGAUUAAACAGGGACAGACUACUGGGAUUCUAGAAUGGCCAUUUUGGACUAAGCUGGUAGUUGUGGCUAUUGGCUUCACUGGAGGACUCCUGUUCAUGUAUGUACAGUGCAAAGUAUAUGUACAGCUGUGGAAGAGACUUAAGGCUUAUAACCGAGUAAUAUAUGUACAGAACUGUCCGGAUACUAGCAAAAAGAGUAUCUUUGAAAAACCUGCAUUAAUGGAGCCAAAUGUUGAAAAUAAAGAAAUGCUUGGGGUCCACCAUUCGGAUACAAACUCUUCACAUUACACGGAGCCUGAAGACUGUGGUGCAGAAAUCCUUCAUGUCUGAUCUUUGGGGGCUGGGGAAGGGUGCGGGUUCUGUAUGUUCCUGAAGAUCAAAAGCAUCAUUGUUUACUGCAAACUGCUCUAACUUUUUAAAAUCAGCUAACAGCCUAGCGCUGGCGGAUUACUUUUUUUUUUUUUUUUUACCCCCUCCUGACACAUCUGUCAGUAUGUUAUCAUGGUUCCAUACCUCUCGAUGUUUCAUCUCUCAGACUGGCCUGUACAAAGAGACACUGGAGGCUUCACUGGAUGAGGCAAGGCGUCAGAGUAUGGCAAGUCCGGUGUGAACCAUCAUCAGCUUCAUGGAGUCUGCUUCUUUUUAAAAGACCGCUCGCUCUAAACUAUCCCAGAAUGCAUGUGGGGCAAUUUAAGCCUUGAUGAGAAGAUGGCUUCAGACAUUGAGGAACAGCUGAGAGAGAGGAAUGAGAGACCUUGAAUCUAAUCUACCGCUAACACUGCCACUAACAUUUCUCGUAGGCAGCGGCUAUAAGAUUAUGCUUUACAUAUUGUGAUAAAGGACUCACAAAGCAUAUAGCACUUUUUAAAGUCUUUAUUUUGUAAUAUAUGUGUCCAAUGAGAAUGAAACUUGAAAGAAUGUCUCAUUUCAAAAUACCCCUUUUUAAUACUCUCUCUUGAUCCAUUUACAUCCUAUUAGGUCCUAAACCUCUUGCCUUACAAAAAUCUAAUGUGGUUUCCAACGCAUACCCACAGCAUAACACUAAAAACUCUGCUUCUUGGGGGUUUUCUCUCAGGAGAAAAUUUUUCAAAGAAUAUUGCACUUGUGACUUGUAAAUGGAGAGUAGUGGAUGUAAAAUGUUUGUUUUAAUAUGUAAUAGUUUCAUUGUUCUGGGGGGUUUUUUUUGUUUGUUUUAAAUCAACUACAUAGUUGAUAGACCUGCACAUAUCCCUGAUGUAACUGUCAUUCCAGCCGCUGGCAAAGGGGCUUGGACACUAUUGGUAAAAUGUGAGCUCUUUAGAAAAAAAAAAAAAUACAGCUGAAAAUGGUUUGCCUUCUUUAAUGCUGUGUUCUGCGUGACUCACCCAAGAAUUUGACAACAUGAAGAAGGGGUGUUGAAAACAACUAUUAAGGAGUAGUAAAUAUUGCAUAGGGUCUCCUGUCUCUACAUAGCUGAGGUUGAAACCGCCUUCCUAUUUUAGCCCAAAUUUUGAUAUAUUCCUUGGUCGGAGUGAUUUUGAUUUGUUUGUUUUAAACCUGUGAAUGGCUGAUUGUAUGAACUGUUUGAUGGGAAGAGGAACAUGUAUGGAGUCAGGGUGAGGAGUACUGGGUAGAGUUGUCCAAAUGUUUAAAAGUACAUGAGCUUUCUUAGGGAAUCAUUCUUUCAACCAGAGUAAGGUGAAGGUUGUCUCAAUCCCAGACCUCAUUAAACCAGACCAUAGUGUCAGCAUCAUUGAAAUGGAAAAGUCAUAAUUAAA